ACCGAAAAUGGACGUUCGCUGAAGCGUGAAGGAAUUCACAUUUUACGCCUCCAUUGGGAAAUGCUGCUUACAUUAACAUGUCGCGAGUAUGUGACAAGAGACGAUAAAUGGCUGGGAAACUUGCGGCGAAACGAAACGACCUUACAGGGUUGUCAGAAGAGGGAGUGGUGAAGCAGCCUGUGGGUGAGCAUUCGUCAGACCUAUCCUCCUGCUCCCUGGGGUUUGGGUACGCAAGCGUGGCUGGGCUGAUGGGAGCAUUAGCAUCUGUGGGGGCCAAAUUGGCAUUGUCAGCAGAGGAAGCUGUGCAAGACGUCUGUGACUCCAUGGUUCAUUCCUCUUACAUCCUGCUGGACGUACAGUGUGAAACAGUCACGGGGUCAAUACGUGUGCUCUCUGGGGCAGUCCUGCUCGUAGCCAACAUUCUCAUGUGGGUCUUCUUCACCAAGUCCUUGCGUAUUUGUUCCUCCUCUGUGGAGGCUACCAUUACCAACACAGCAGUCAACUUUUUUGCAUCGGGCCUGUGUGGCUUUCUUUUGUUUCAUGAGCGGUUGCCCCCUCUUUGGUGGUGUGGAGCCUCACUCAUUGUUUUAGGCCUUCUCUUCCUGAACAAAGGUUCCAGAACACACCACAGGGAAAAGACAGACUAAACCCACUACUGUAUAUUAUGAUAUCAAAGGCAUUUUUUAAUCUGUGGGAAACAUGUACUGGAAGAUUUUUUAGUCCAAUUUAGAAAGAGAUACUUUUUACAGAUAUGACAUAGUGACAGUCAUCAGUGGUCAGGGAAAUGUGGUAGAUUUAUACGCUGCUUUUAUGGUGAGCAGACUUGCAAACCGAAAAGACUGGGCAUAGAUUUUUGGAAAAUUUGUCUCUGCUCUCAGUGCCAGUCUGAAGGUUGAUCAUGCCAAUUGCUCUAUUUUGUCUAGAAAUAUCAGCCCAAAAGCUUUAUCAGGAUGUAAACCAGUUGCCCAGAUGCAAGUUGAAAAGCCUUGAUUGAAUGCCAGCACAAUGGUUGGAUAUAGUCAGAUAUUAAUAGAGAUUGGUCUUGACAUCAACCUGAUGGUUUACCAUUGUGUCAUGGCGUUAUUUCAUGGGCUGAUCUUGGUGCCUGUCCGAAGGUUAGACAGGAUGUCAGCCCCAUAUUUAGUAAGGGUGUCAACCCAAAGGUUAAUGAUGAUGUCUGUCUAAAGGUUAGUAAGGAUGAAAGUCCAAAGGUUUGUAAGGAGGUCAGCCCAAAGCUUAGUCAGGAUGUCAACCCAAAGGUUAGUCAGGAUGCCAGUCCAAAGGUUAGUCAGGAUGCCAGUCCAAAGUUUUGUCAGGAUGUCAGCCAAAAGGUUAGUCAUGAUGUCUGUCCAAAGGUUAGUCAGGAUGCCUGUUCAAAGGUUAGUCAUGAAGUCUGUCCGAAGGUUUGUCAGAAUGUCAGCCCAAAGGUUGGUCAGGAUGUCAGCCCAAAGGUUAGUCAUGAUGCCACUCCAAAGGUUAAUCAGGAUGUCAGCUCAAGGUUAGUCAGGAUGCCUGUCCAAAGGUUAAUCAGGAUGUCAGCCCAAAGGUUGGUCAUGUCAGCCCAAGGUUAGUCUGGAUAUUAGCCCAAAGUUUAGUCAUGAUAUCAUCCCAAAAGUUGAUCAUUAUUGCAGUUUAAAUGCGAGUACAAAGGUUUGUCAUCAUGUCAGUCCAAAGGUUAGUCAUGAUAUCAGCCCAAAGGUUAAUCAUGAUGUCAGCCCAAAGGUUAGUCAUGGUAUCAGCCCAAAUGUUAAUCAUGAAGUCAGCUCAAAGGUUAGUCAUGAUGUCAGUCCAAAUGUUAGUCAGUAUGUCAGGUUAAUCAUGAUGUCAGCCCAAGUGUUAGUCAUGAUGUCAGCCCAAAUGUUAGUAAUGAUGCCAGCCCAAAUGGUGGUCAGGAUUUUAGCCCAAAGGUUGCUCAUGAUGUUAGCCAAAAAGACUGGCAAUAUCAGCCUAAAGAUUUGUCAUGAUGUUAGGCCAAAGGUUGGUCAAGUUAGCCCAAAGGUUGGUCAAGUUAGCACAAAGGUUGAUCAUGAUGUUAGUCCAAAGGCUUGUGAUGAUGUUAACCUAAAGGUUUUGUCAUGAUGUUAGCCCAGAGUUGGUUAUCUUAGACCAAAGGUUGGUCAUGAGGUUAGGCCAAAGGUUGAUAAUGAUGUUAGCCCAAAGGCUGGCCAUGAUGUUGGCCCAAAGGCUGUCAUGUUGUUAGCCCAAAGGCUGGCCAUCGUUAGCCCAAAGGCUGGUCAUGUUGUUAGCCCAAAGGCUGGUAAGGUUGUUAGCCCAAAGGCUGGCCAUCGUGUUAGCCCAAAGGCUGGUCGUGUUGUUACCCCAAGGGCUGGCCAUGGUGUUAGCCCAAAGGCUGGCCCUAUUAGCCCAAUGGCU